AUGCGUGAGGCGCGUGAGGAUAUCUCCCAUCUGGAAACCAAAGUAACAAGCUUGGAAGAAGAGCUGUGUCAAGAUCGUUCAUCCCAUGAUCCUGAAGUUCGGGAUUAUAUACAACGGCUCGUUCAGGAAAGGGACGAUGCUAGAGCAGAGGCACAUGCCCUUAGUAAUGCUUCAAGUGCUUCUCGGGCCGAUGUUGCUCGUUUAAUGGAACCCGAGAAGGACCUAGAGGUUAAUAUGUAUAGGCUUACUAAGGGGAUCGAAGGGAUGACUAACGAAGUCAACCGCCUCCAACACUUAGAUUCUAUGAAGUCGGUAGAGUUAGAUAAGUGUCAAUAUGCUCUCGAGAAUCUUCGUCUUGAUUAUAAGAAACUUUCUGGUGAAUACGAUUUUCUCGAUGAAGCCUGGUACGCUGUAGUAAAUGAAUAUGAGAUAGCUUCGGCUAAUGUCGAAGAGCUCGAGGGACAAUUUGGCCUUGCAAAUGCGAAGCUUGAAGAGACUCAAUCUGACUUAGUAAAGCAGCAGGGAGAAACCAAGUAUUUUGAAGCGCUGGCAGGGUCCCGGGACGAAGCGGUGAAGGCAUCGACCAAGGAGAUUAAUCGGCUGAAGACCUUGCUGUCACAAUCCUUGCUCAAAGCCGAUGUUAUUGCCCAUAAGGCUCAUCGUCAGCUUGCAUAG